CGUAGUAUUUUAAUUGUUAGCUACGUAUUAUCGUGGCCUGCAUCGUGCGGCAGCAUGGACGUAUUAUUUGGGAUGUGACGAUCAUUCUGCGUUUCGUUCUCUUAAUAAGCCCCCUCUACUCAUCAACUUCAGCACUCCAAGGGCCUUACUCGGGAGUGACAAAAAUGGAGCCCCAUGUACCCUCAAAGAGAGGCACCACCUUCUUCAAGACGUGUUUCAAUGGCGUCAAUGCUCUUGCAGGACUCGGAAUACUAUCGAUUCCAUAUGCUUUGUCGCAAGGAGGAUGGCUAAGCUUGAUACUUCUUUUUGCAACGGCAGUCAUCUGUUGCUACACAGGGCUUCUCUUGCAACGAUGCAUGGAUUCAAAUGUACUCGUUAAGACCUAUCCUGAUAUAGGGGGCUUAGCUUUUGGCCGUAAGGGGAGGCUCAUAGUGGCAACCUUCAUGUACCUUGAGUUGUAUCUAGUGGCGAUCGAGUUCUUGAUAUUAGAAGGUGAUAACUUGGAGAAGUUGUUUCCAUAUACGAAGUUCCAUAUAGGGACCAUGAAGAUCGGAGGUAAACAAGGAUUUGUUCUGCUUGCAGCCUUAAUAAUUUUGCCGACAACAUGGCUACGAAGCUUAACCAUGCUUGCAUAUGUUUCUCUUGGUGGGGUCUUGGCUUGUCUCAUUGUGGUAGCCUCUGUUCUGUGGUCUGGAGUAGAUGACGGGGUUGGGUUUCAUGAAAGAGGAGUCCUUCUGAAAUGGAGUGGAGUUCCUACUGCUGUGAGUUUAUUUGCCUUCUGCUUUAGUGGGCAUGCAGUCUUCCCAACCAUAUAUACCGCCAUGAGAGAUCGAACAAUGUUUUCCAGAGUGCUAUUCCUCUGUUUUGGGCUCUGUUUUCUUAAUUAUGGACUUAUGGCAAUUCUGGGAUAUUUGAUGUAUGGUCAGAGUUUGAAGUCUCAGGUGACACUGAAUCUUCCUGUGGGGAAGCUGAGCUCGAAGAUUGCAAUUUACACAACUCUUAUCAAUCCUUUUACAAAGUAUGCACUGGUAGUUAUGCCCAUCGCAAAUGCAGUCGAAGAUUGGUUCCAAGUCUCCAAGAAUAGGCUCAUAAGCAUUCUCAUCAGAACUAUUCUAGUGGUCAGCACAGUGGUUCUGGCCUUGACCGUUCCAUUUUUUGGAUAUGUCAUGGCACUUACAGGGUCAUUUUUAAGCAGCACAGCUACAAUGCUGUUACCAUGUGCAUGCUACCUCAAGGUCUUUAAGAAUUCUCUGAGAUGGGGAUUUGAGUUAGUAAUCAUACUAGCUGUGAUGCUAAGUGGUUUAGCUAUUGCAAUCAUGGGAACUUACUCUUCCCUAGAGCAAAUUAUACUUAAUUUAUGAACUUUUGACCCAAUGUGGAUUAUGUUGCAAAUGCUCCUCCCUGAAGUGAAAACUAAAGGCGGUGUUGGAGUUUAUUUUAUCAGAAAAUUGUUUAAGCCUAAAGCCAAUGUAAACAUUCUAAAGAUAAUAAAUAAAGGCUAACAAUCUAAACCAUUUCCUCA